GCAGACUGAUCGGCGUGCAGAGAAUCACAUCUCUCAUCGAUACUGAUCAAUACACACAGAAAUAAACCGCCUGCAGGUUUCACAUCUGCAUCGACGCAACACCGGGAGCAUCCUCCGGUUACCGGGAAGCCUCUGAGUGUCUGCAGGAGGAGAUGUACCGGGGUCGGCCUGCACCGAGAGGAGGCUACCCGCCGCCUCCUGAAGGCCGCGGACCCCCCCCGCCCAGGCCUUACCUCGGACCGGGCUACAGAGACGACCGGAGCCGGCCCAGGCCUCCGUACCACCCGGGAUACCACGACCACGGAGCCCCGGACUACCGGCGCUCCCCGCCCCGCCGGAGGUAUCCUUCCCCCGGGGCGGGAGGCCACCGGGCCGGGGAGUACUGGCCCGGAGCUCCGCAGAGAGAGAGAUCUCCGUCGCCUCGAGGACCGCUUCCCCUCGACCACAACCUGGUCAUCACCGUCGGCAACGAGCUGACCGGACCGUCAGGCUCCGCCCCCCCACGCCAUCAUGAGAGAGAUUAUCGUCUUCGACCUGAAUACGAGCGCAGUCGCAGUCGGGGCCGCAGUCGCCCUCGCAGCCGGAGUCGAGAGCGAAGUCCGGACCGCAGCCGCGCUAAAAGCCGGCCGCGCAGCAAGAGCCGGAGUCCGGACCGGAGCCGGGCCAAGAGCCGGGGCCGCAGCAAGAGCCGGGCGAGGAGCAAGAGCCGGCCCCGCAGCCAGAGCCGCAGUCCGGACCGGAGCCGGGCCAAGAGCCGGGGCCGCAGCAAGAGCCGCCCUCGCAGCAAGUCCAGGUCCAGGUCCAGGUCCAGAGGCCGCAGCCGGGGGAGGAGCUACAGCAAAGCAGCGAGCCACGGCCGCAGUAAGAGCCGCAGGAGGAGCCGCAGCAGCAGCAGCUCCAGCUCCAGCAGCCGCAGCAAUGACAGCAAGUCUAGGAAGGAGUUCAGAGAGCUGGACUCGGCCCGUCGCAGGAAGGAGCUGGAAGAGAUGCUGAGUCAGCCGACCAAAUCCAUCCUGAAGAAACGCAACGACUCCGAGGACUCGCCGUCUGUCCGGAGCUCAGACUCUCCCAGAGGUCUUCAGGGCUCCAACAUGUCUCGUGUGGCCGAUCAGCUGCUGCAGGCCAUGAGGGUGGAGCCUCACACGGUGGCAACCAUGCUGUCCGAGCUGCGGUCCGACCCGCAGAUGGCUCAGCGCGUCGGCCUCGACGCAGAGAUCAAAGAGAUCCUGAACCUGCUGGGACCGAUGGCGGCCGAUGGGGCCAAACCUCCGGAGAAGGCGGUGGACGACAUCGACGACGAGGAGCGCUUCUUGUACGGAGACACGGAGGAACCCAAACCGCCAGCGCCGAGUGAGCCGCUGCGACAUCCCACGAUGGACAUGUACGCGGAAGUGACAGAGGAGUCUCUGUACGGAGAAUACACGCAGCAGAAAGCCGCCCUCGCCCAGGCAUACGGCCUUCCCCCGGGGGUCCCGCCACACCUUCAGGCCCCCCCCGCCAGAGGGGAGGUAGACAUGAGGUACGCAGGUCGGCCCGCCAUCACCCCCGACCAGAACAUCACGGUCCAGGUGUCGAACCCCGCCUACCCGCCGGGGACGGAGCCGCUGGAGGAGAGCGAGCGGCAGGCGGUGGAGGAGUACGAGAAGAUCCAGGACCUGCUGCAGACCAUUGGCCUGGACCUGGGCGUGGUCGAGAUCAGCAAGAUGGCCGCCAGGACCAAGGAGCGGCUCCACGGAAACAAGCCGCCUCCUAAAACGCCCACGCGACGCCAGCGGUACUCCUCUGGCAGUUCUGACGGCAGUCGGCACAGCCGCGGGCGACGGAGGCGGAGCCGCAGCGGCAGCUCCAGCAGCAGUAGCAGCCGCAGCCGCGCCGGCAGCUGGAGCAGCGACGACAGCCGCAGGAAGAGCAGCGCCGCAGCCCCGUCUAGAGACUCCAAGGGCGGAGCUGCGCCGCCGCCUCACAAAGAGCUGCCACCACAAAACCUACCCCCCCAAGAACCCAACGUAAUCCCUCCCCACAGCGCAGUGCCCAUCCCCACAUACCCCCCCUCACAGGUGCACGGCAUGAUGGCGCCCAACUUCCCACCGCCGGGCUACAACCAGUACGGGAACUACAUGCCAUACAUGCACCAGCAGUGGCCGCCCAUGUACCCGCCCCCCAGCAUGACCCUGCCCCCCCAGGCCCCUCCAGACGACUUCCCCCCCGCCAUGCCAUACAAACCGCCAUACAACAAGCAGAUCCCCGAGCUCGGAGUCAAAGGUUUGAAGAGUUCAGACGCUGAGAAGGGAAACUGUAAAGUGAGCAGCCACGAGAGGAGAGUGUCCGAGGAGCAGAACAACGAGAGCCAGAAACAAAAGGUUCUGGAGGAACGAGAGAAGCUGAAACAGGACCGAGACCUGAGGAUGAAGAAGAAGGAGUAUCUGAUGAAGGAGCUGGAGAGACUCAGGAAGCAGCAGGGCGAGCUGCUGAGGAAGAAGCGGCGUGAGAAGGACGGCCACAAAGAUCCUCUCCUGCAGAAGAUCAGCCUGCUGCAGGAAGACGUCAUGUCACAGAUCUCCAACCUGCGUAAAGAGCACGAGACCGCCGAGAAGAAACGCAGCGAGAUCGACAAGGUGGCGCUGAUCCUGGGCCUGACGCCGUCCGACCGGCCGCGCAGGACCAGCAAGCCGGCCGAGGAGCAGGACGACGAGACGAUGGCGCCAACGCCGCCCACAAAGAAGAAACAGGAGGAGGAGAGAAGUCCUGAGAGACGACCGGCAGCCGGCGGCAUUAAGCAGAGCUCAUCGGCACCUUCAGCGUCAUCGUCAUCAUCAUCGUCGUUGCCAUCACGAGCUUCGCCGGACAAGCCGCCUGUCGCCGGGCCGCCGCCGCCACAGGCUCCGCCCCCUCAGCCGUUUGAAUACUAUGACGCUGGAAACCACUGGUGCAAAAACUGUAACCUCACCUCUGGUUCCAUGUUUGAUUUUUUCACGCACUUGCACAGCAAAAUCCACCGGAAGACGCUGGACCCGUACGACCGACCCUGGGCCUCCACUCCCACCAAGAUCACCAAGAACAUGCCGUCAGAGGAGAAGCUGACCAAGCCGGCCAAAGGUUCAGAGUUCCUGCUGCCCGUCAGAGGAUUCUUCUGCCUGCUGUGUAAACAGUUUUACGGAGACGCCAUCUGUGCAGAAGAGCACGUCACCACUCACUGUCACAAUGAGAAGUACAAGAAACAAAUGUAUGAGAAUCCGCUGUACGAACAGAGGAGGAACUUGGAUCGCCAGGCAGGACUGUCCAUCGAGACCAGCGGAAAGAAACGCAAACAUGAGGACGAAGAGAAAGGCAAAGACAAGGAGGAAAAGAGCAAACACAAAAAGGAGAAAAAGGACAAAGAGAAAAAGAAGGAAGAAGAUGACGAUGGUCGGAAAGAGGAGAAAUUUAAAGAUAAAAAGGUGGAAGAGGAGGAAAAGCUGAAACUGAAGAAGGAAGAGGAUUUUAAAAAUGGCAAGAAAAAGGAUGAGGAGAGUCCUUACAAGAAAGAUGAGGAUGAAAAAUAUAAAUUCAACAAGAAGGAUGAUAAAUACCGGUAUAACCGGGAGGAAGAGGAGAGGUCUAAAUACAGCAGGAGAGACGAGGAAGACCGAUACAAAUACAGCAAAGAAGAAGAGUAUCGAUACCGGUAUCGCAGAGAGGAAGAAGACCGAUACGAUAACCGGCCAAGAUACGGGCCGAGAGACGACGACAAGUACAAAUACGGUAAAUAUCCAGAUACCAGGUCCAAGUAUGACAGGGAGCGAGAGGAAGGGAAGGUGAAGACUGAGAAGGAAACUGUUAAAAAGCCUGAGCCUCUGAAACCAGAGGUCAGCAAGCAGCCGGAACCUCCUUCAAAGCUCUUCGACCCCCCCAAAGUCCUCUGUGGACCCAGUCCGGCCAUGAGGGCAAAGCUCCGCAAGCAGAGCCUGGAGGCCGGCAAACCGCCAGUGCCCACAACUCCUUCGUUUGGAAAAUUCACGUGGAAGAAGAAGGAGAACGUGUUGGCGAAGGAGGCGGAGAAAGUGGCGGCUGAGUUCAUGAAGGAUGACGAAGCUGCUGCGAAGGUGAAGUCGGUCUCAGUAGAAGACUCUUUUGCGAAGUCGGUGGCCGUCGCUAAGGAGAUAGCCGAGAAGCUGUCGAGCCAGAGCAGCGUGCCCGUUCCCUGGGUGUCGCCUGGCGCCAACAGGGGGAGAAUCAGGCCCAACCUUCCUGCACCUGCUGCAGUCCAGAGGAGAACCGCCAUGAUGGGCAGACCUGCACCUCUCAAUGACUUUCUCUCCAUUAGACCCCAAAACACAGGGGCACUAGGGCCUCCUCCCAAAGACUACCCAGCAUUCCCUGAUCCUCUCACCAAGGCUCUAAAUGCCCAGAACGCAAUGCUGGAAAAUAAACCUGUACUGCCAGAUGGUAGACCUGGACCAUUGGAGUGUAUGCCUGCACCACCGGUGUGUAAACCUGAGCCAUGUGAGGCUAAACCUGUGCCACCGGUGUCUAAACUUGUUCCACCGGUGUCUCAACCUGCCCCAGUGGAGGUUAAACCUGCCCCAGUGGAGGCUCCCCCUGCUCCACCUGAGCCUAAACCUGCACCGUCAGCAAUGAUAAAGAUAGUGUCUGACGUUGCGGCUCCCGGCGUCCCGGAGAGCGAGCAGACACGUACGGUGUUUGUCAAGCCCCCACCUUUCAUGACCAUGAGUGAAGGAGUUCAGAGGUCUGAGAAAGUGAAGAGGAACCUGGCUGCAGCCAAAGCCCAGGACUUAUUCGGUAUCUUCUACAGCAGCGCCAGCCAAUCGGCCACCUCCUCCAUCACCAAACCAGUAACUACAGACACCAGCCAAUCAGGCACCUCCUCCAUCACCAAACCAGUAACAACAGACACCAGCCAAUCAGCCACCUCCUCCAUCACCAAACCAGUAACAACAGACACCAGCCAAUCAACCACCUCCUCCAUCACCAAACCAGUAACGGCAGACACCAGCCAAUCAGCCACCUCCUCCAUCACCAAACCAGUAACAACAGACACCAGCCAAUCAGGCACCUCCUCCAUCACCAAACCAGUAACGGCAGACACCAGCCAAUCAACCACCUCCUCCAUCACCAAACCAGUAACUGAUUGGAGUGCCGCCAAUAAAAGUACAGUUGUACCCCAACAAGCACCAAAACCACAACCUCAGCCCCAGCCUAAAACUCAGUCCCAACCUCAAACUGAGGUUCGUACAUCUCCAAAACCAGACUCAAACAAUUCACCGAGUCCACAAAUCCAGUCAAAAUUAGACAUUCAGAUAGCAUCAGUUUGGUCUCUGCAUUCUGCCCCAGCUCCAACCACUGAGGCGGCUCCAAUUAAAACCACUCCACAAACGUCUACUCCAUCUGAGGCUCAGAGUGACCCUCAGAACCAGUCCCAGACUCUUAAACUUGAGUCCCAAAUCGCCCCACAAACCGAGCCUGCGAUGCUCGAACCAACAUCACAAAUUCAGCCCGAAGCGGCUCCUCAAAUUCAGCCAGAACCACAAUCUGAACCUCAACUAGAGCAGGACACUCAGUCCCAUUCCCUUCCAGAGACCCUCCUUGGCACAGAUCAACUAACCGAAUCCGAGUCCAAGCCAGCUACCAAAACUAGAGGCAAAACGACUCCUACGAAGAAAACCUCUCCUGCCUCCCGCCCUGUCCGACAAACCCGAUCCCAAACCAGAUACCAGACCCGGCGGCAGCAAGCCCAGCAGGACCAGUCCGAACCAGAACCUGAGCUGGCUUCAGGAGACUUUGACUUGGAUCCAAAGGGGCUAGAGCCAUCGGAGCCUAGAGAAAGCUCUGAGUUGCAUCUAGAGGAGGUGAAACCCAGCGAGGACGACUCUCAAAUCAUGGAAAUCACCCCUGAGACCCUCGGACUCCCCUCAGACAUGACGUCUCUGAACUUUGACUACGACUUCAACUUUGAGUAGCAGCAGACUCUGACUCUGACUCUGACUCUGACUCUGACUCUGGGGGGUUAUAUAUGCAGGAGUCACAGACAUUUAUUGAUGAUGGUCUUGAAGGCAGCUGGAAGUUACAACACACUUGACAUGAUGGACUUGAUAUUUUCAAUACUUUGAGCUUCAUCUGUUGGAAAGAGUCUGAUAAGAAGAUGGAUAUCAGUUUGAUCUCUGUUGGUCCAGGAUGUGUCGGACCCGGCUCAUCACACAGAUGUUUUCAGUCAAUUCUCAUUAAG